GGUCAGCACUCGCCCGCCGAAGCAAGUAGUCGAAAGGGUUUAAAAAACAAUAAAUUUUAUUCUAAAAAAUAAUGGCACAGGUAAACCCCGUGAAAACACCUGUGACCAGAUUUUUGAGAAAGCACCCUAUAGAACAUACAGAACUUCCAGCGGCGACAUGGCCGCCCCUAAAGGUAAAUCAGGAAAAGAAAGCAUCAGGAGUAGCACCAAUCCAUCCAUCGAAGGCAAGCAGGAACAGACACAAGCCUUGCCACGAUGCCGGUAUUUUCCCAAUUAAGCCCAGAACAAGAGGAAAGUCGGGUAAAACCUGCUUGCCAGUUCCAGUUCUCACAGGAGACGCAUCUAGGAAGCCAAAUAAAUCCAAUUCACCGGCACUUGUGCGUACAGGAAAAUCUCGUAUUCCAGUGCUGCAAACCCAGCAUACAAUGCACGGACCUAAAAUUGAGGCACUAAAAAAGAAGGAGAAAGAUUUGAUUAUAGAAUUAAUAAAAACACGAGCGGAGCUGGAAAGGGUGGAGAGUCUCCAAAGGAAGCUUCUUGUUCUGAAACCGGCGCCCAUUGGAAGACCCAAGCGUCGUUCCAAAUCGUUGGCGUUAGGCGAUUCGAUAAUGGACAGUCCAUUCACGGACAGUGAAAGCCCUAAAAUCGAAAAAAUGUCACCAGCCAUACUGUCCAUGACCCAAUCGAAAAAUCCCGGAAGUCUCUAUGAGACUUAUCGCCGUACGUGCAAAUUCCUGCAUACACCUAGAAAAUCAACUUUUAAACAGCGCUCUAAACCUCCGACUCUCCACAACGAUACAGAUAUUUCCAGUCGAAUACAGCGCCAAUUGGCAGAUCUGUUUGUCUAAAUAGGAUCCUGCAGAGCAGUUUUUAUCAUUGUAAAAUGUUUUUAAAUAUACUUUAAUAAAUUAUUUUAAAACA